AUGCUUUCCUAUUCUCACAAACAGUUCGCAGAUUGCUUCAAUUGCCGGAAAACGUUGAAAGAGACAAAACAAACAAUGACAGUCCUGCCGUUUCUUGACGUGAAAGCUACGCCAAUAUCUUGUGUCGAAUCUCCUCGAUUAGCACGUACACGAUCGAUAGCGCGUUCAUUAGAGUCGAAAGACCUACCAAGUUCACCAUUGAAACCCUCGUCGUCAUCAUCAAAUCUAUCCGGUUCAUUGUCAUCCACACGCACGCCGAGAAUUAAGAUCGUUCCUCGUACUGAUGAUCUAUUAAAGAAAUUACCUCACGCCAAAACAGCCAGAGCACAAGCACACAAUCCCAUAUGGAAACCUUUUGUUCGAGAUUUACCUGAUUAUGAUUAUUUAUGGGAACCAGUACGUCGAGAGGAUAUUCGACAUCAAUAUGAUUCAUACGUUGCUCCACAACGUAUUACUGCUGGCCGUCCAGACGAGCCGUAUCAAAUGUCGUCAACCUUCGAAAGUCAAGAUAGACAUUUUCAUAAUUACAAGCGGGUACAAGCUAUGCAACAACGGCAGUGGAAUCGAGAACAUAUGCAAUACACUAUCUUUCCGUAUUCAAAUGCAGAAGAACGUGAAAUGUACAAGAAGAAGAUUCGUACAACAUUGAAAGACCAAAUGGAAGAAAGAGCUCAAACGGAGAAACAUGAGAUGGACCUGAAGAAGCGCUCGGCUAGUUUAGUAUUAGAACAAGAUCGUCAAUUUCAUGAAGAGGAAAAGCAACGGAAUGACGCACGAACUAAAUUAUUAGCGAAAGUUUCCUUAAAGAACAAAGAGCUCAUGGAAAACAAGCGGGAAUAUGAUCAAUGGAAUCGCGUACAUCAAUGGCAUGUUGAACGAGCCAUGCUAGCUGAUAGUCCCAUCAAUUGGAGUAAAACAUUGACUUAA